AUUAAGGCCAUGGCUACCUUGACUCACGGACCAUCCCCCAUCCGGCGGCUCCGACAGCGACAGAUCUCCCGGGCGAUACAACGGAGGCAGCUGAUGAAGACAAUGAUUAUAUUAUUAAAAAAAAUAUAAAAAAAUAUUCAAAGAAGCUGGAUUUAAAAAAUCGUUUUGUGCAUGAGGAGCGUCACUCUGCUGCAGACCGCCACAGCCUGAAGCCAUCCGGCCAAAUCUGGAGAGACCAUGUCUGGAGCCUACGACGAGUCCGCCAGCCAGGAGGAGACCACGGACAGUUUCUGGGAGGUCGGGAACUACAAACGUACAGUGAAGCGGAUCGACGACGGUCACCGGCUCUGCAAUGACCUGAUGAACUGCAUCCAGGAGCGUGCCAAAAUCGAGAAAGCCUACUCGCAGCAACUGACGGAGUGGUCCAAGAGGUGGAGGCAGCUGGUAGAUAAAGGGCCUCAGUACGGCACGGUAGAGCGAGCCUGGAUGGGGGUGAUGACGGAGGCGGAGAAGGUGAGCGAGCUUCACCAGGAAGUGAAAAACAACCUGACCAACGAGGACUUUGAGAAGGUGAAGAACUGGCAGAAAGACUUGUACCACAAACAGAUGAUGGGAGGAUUCAAAGAAACCAAAGAGACAGACGAGGGCUUCAAGAAGGCCCAGAAGCCUUGGGCCAAAAAGCUAAAAGAGCUCGAGGCUGCCAAGAAGUCCUACCACAUGGCCUGCAAAGAGGAGAAGCUGGCGUCCACCAGAGAGGCCAACACUAAGGGAGAGGCCUCGGUGACCGCCGACCAGCAGAAGAAACUCCACGAGAAAGUGGACAAAUGCAAGCAGGACUCCCAGAAGGCUAAGGAGAAGUAUGAGAAGGCUCUGGAUGAGCUGAGUAAGUGCACUCCACAGUACAUGGAAAACAUGGAGCAGGUGUUCGACCAGUGCCAGCAGUUUGAAGAGAAGAGGCUGAGCUUCCUCAGGGAGGUGCUGCUGGACGUCAAACGCCACCUCAACCUCACGGAAGACCAAAGCUAUGCUACAGUGUACAGAGAACUUGAACGCACCAUCACGUCGUCCAGCCCGCAGGAAGACCUGAAGUGGUUCAGCAACACCCACGGCCCCGGCAUGCAUAUGAACUGGCCACAGUUUGAGGAAUACAACGCAGACCUCAGCCAUAACAUCUCCAAGAAAGAAAAGUCAAAGAAAGGCUGCGAUGGCGUCAUGCUGACUAACAUCACAACGGCAGUGGAACAGGCUCAAGCUGGAGACCGGGGAAGUGUCAGCAGCUACGAGAAGAACCAGGCGUUCAUGGCCUCCACAGAGUGGUCGGACGAGGACCAGGCGGCCCCGGACGAGGACCGGGCGGCUCCGGACGAGGACCGGGCGGCUCCGGACGAGGACCAGACGGCCCCGGACUCGGCGAACGACACCAACGGCGGGACCAACCCCUUCGACGAGGAAAUGCUGAAAGGCGUGAGAGUGAGAGCGCUGUACGACUACGAAGGCCAAGAGCAGGACGAGCUCAGCUUCAGAGCAGGGGACGAGCUGUUGAAGCUGGAGGACGAGGACGAGCAGGGCUGGUGUAAAGGUCGUCUAGACAACGGGCAGCUGGGUCUUUACCCGGCCAAUUACGUGGAGCCGAUGUAGCCAUUCCAGCUGAGGACGCUGGUGUCAUCGGGGUGGGGGAAAAAAAAACAAAAAAAACAGACUGAACCGUCCAGUCGUAACUGCACAUUGCCAGAGACUUGAAAGCAAAGCUUCCUCUUCCCGUCGGGCACGGUGAUCCGUCUUCAUCUCAGCACAUAUCACAGAGAAAACUUUACUGAAACAAGUUCAGGAUCACGUCAUCAUCAUCAUCAUCAUCAUCAUCAUCAAAAACACUGCAACGGAAGCAAAGAAAAACAAAAAUAUAUCAGUCUCUUUUGUGUGUGUGUGGCUGCAUUUGACUUCAGAUACGACGCUAACAUGCCAUACAGUAUGUCCUCUCAUCACCGUAUUGACAUGCGAGAAUGAGCUAAGCAUUGUGCAUUUCAUGUAUAUAUAUUUUAAUCUUUUUUUUUUUUUUUUUUACAGUUUCUACAGUUUUUGUUUUUCUCAUUGAAUACGGUGUUGUCUCUGUAAAAAAGAAAAAUGUGUACAUGUGGGAUAGUGUUGGGAAAUGUGCUUGUUCGCUUUCUCCCUGAGAGAAGAUGUGAAGAUGGAUAUCACUCAUGUUUGCACAGUAAAUAUGAAGCCACGGCCAGGAGCUGGUUAGCUUAGCUUAGCUUAGCAUAAACGCUGGCAAAGAAGGGGAAACAGCUAGCCUGACUCUGAAGAGAACAACAAUCUGCCUGCCAGCAGUUCUGAAGCUCACGUCUUGCAUCUUCUCCGUUGAUCCAGAGAGAAAAGAGACUUUGAAAAUGUCUUUUAUUUAAUCCGUACAAAUUUGAAGUAAAUGCGCGGCAGUUUUGGCAGCCAUUGACAUUAUUGGCAAAGAGCCAAUAAAGGGUUACAGCACAAUCCCCAACAAUACAACUUUUUUUUCUGAACCAAUUAAAACAAACAAGGUACAAGAUGUUAUUUACUGGGCUUCAGAGACAGGUUAGCUUAUUUCCCCAUGCUUUGUCUUUUUUGGUACACUAAGCUAUCCAGCUGCUAGCUCUGGCUUCAUAUGUAGCUUCAUAAUGUGUGUGUACACACACACACACACAAGAGUGGCAUCAAUCUUUAUCUCUAAUCCUAAUAUAAGCACUAUAACUAUUCCUUUCAUGCAUUUAGUCGUUUUCCUGCCGCACUCCGUAGCAUGUCACUGAAUUAGCAUUCCGAGCCAAGAUAAAUAAAAAAUAAAAAAGACAGCUCAACAUCAAUAAAGUGAACACACACAGUCACUAAGCAGAGCUCCUCUUUGAAGAAGUGGAAAUAUGUACUCUAUCAAAACUCGUGCAAGAAUUGUUUACAUUAACCGCCGCUGUCCCACCCGUCACUGGCGAGGUGCCCGUUAUAGCUACUGCAUUUCAUUUAGCCUCUCCUCCUGUUGUCUUAAAAACCUGCCUGGAAAACGAGCUUCAUUUUCCCCACCAAGGUUUAUAUUUAUUCUUUUUAAAGUUUGGCAGUUACGUGUUGACUAUGAGUGAAUGUCAGUGACUCUGCAUUAUCAGCUUCCAGCUCUUAUCUCUGUGAUUGUGUGCAUGCUGAUGCUCCCCCGCACACUGUUUACCGCUAUGAUCGCUCAAUUAGUUUUCCUCCAAAUCACUAACAGGUUCUUGAUCGAAUUAAAACUUUUAUCGGGAUGAUGAUGA